CUUGCUUAUAUCAGUGUGGGUAAUCUUCAGAAAAGUACCAUUGCCUUACGUCCAUCUUCUCGUUCCGGUGCUGUGCUACAUUAUCAACAUGGUUCUCAAGGCUGUAUGUGUUCUCAAAGGCUCCGGGGAGGUGACUGGCACGGUGCAUUUUGAGCAGCAGGGUGAUACUGCUCCAGUGAAGCUGAUGGGCGAGAUCACUGGGCUCACACCAGGUGAGCAUGGCUUCCAUGUCCAUGCCUUUGGAGACAACACAAACGGGUGCAUAAGUGCUGGUCCUCAUUUCAACCCUUUCAACAAGACUCAUGGAGGACCAACAGAUGAUGUCAGGCAUGUCGGUGACCUUGGCAAUGUCACUGCAGGGGACAACAAUGUUGCCAAAAUCAACAUUGAAGACAGUCUGCUUACACUGACUGGACCAAACUCCAUCAUUGGAAGAACCAUGGUGAUUCACGAAAAGGUUGAUGAUCUGGGAAAAGGAGGCAAUGAGGAGAGUCUGAAGACCGGAAACGCUGGCGGCCGUCUGGCCUGUGGGGUCAUUGGGAUCGCCCAGUAAAGGCCCAGAGCCAGCCUCCUACCACAGCAGCACUUAAACCACUCUGAAGAGGCGGUCACCGUUAUGGAUGCCCCAGCAAGCACUAAACUCUUUGACCCAAAUGUAGUUCUUUUUAUUCCGCAACAAUCAGGAUGGUCUAAGAAUAGCUUUAGAUGCACAGCCCUCUUUGUGACAGUUUUUUUUUUUCUUUCUGUCUUAUUUCUGACGUUCAUGUUAAUAAUAUAUCCAUCUCCUUUAAAUGGCAAGUACGCAUUGGUAAAACCAAUAUCUCUGUUCUCAUGUAUUCAAUAAAUGUUAAAUGAGGAUA